GCCAGAGCCUUUCCAGCUGAGAGCUCAUCAGCCCCAUUGAAACCAUCAGAAAGCUGGAGAGAUGGAGGUGUUUUGGGUCCUUUAGUGCGGAAACAUCCACCAGGGAAUGGUGCUGGAAGUGCUGCUGCUCCGGCUCUCCCACGACCUGAUGGAUUUCUGAUACCCCGCUCCUGAGGGGCUGGAAGGAGCAUGGUUAAACACCAGCCACUGCAGUACUACGAGCCACAGCUAUGUUUGUCCUGUCUGACCGGGAUCUACGGCUGCCGUUGGAAACGGUACCAGCGGUCACAUGAUGACACCACCAAGUGGGAGCGGCUCUGGUUCCUCAUCCUCACCUCAUCCUUCUUCCUGACCCUGGUUUGGUUUUACUUCUGGUGGGAAGUUCAUAAUGACUACAAUGAAAUCAACUGGUUUUUAUAUAACCGAAUGGGAUAUUGGAGUGACUGGUCCAUUCCAAUACUUGUGACAACUGCUGCUGGCUUUACUUACAUUACAGUGUUAUUGAUACUAGCACUAUGUCACAUAGCUGUGGGACAGCAAAUGAACCUGCACUGGCUUCACAAGAUUGGCCUGGUGACGACCUUGAUAACUACCGUGGUGACCAUGUCAUCGAUAGCACAGCUUUGGGAUGACGAAUGGGAGAUGGUAUUUAUUUCACUACAAGCCACGGCCCCUUUCUUGCAUAUAGGAGCACUUGCAGCAGUCACAGCCCUGUCGUGGUUGGUAGCGGGGCAGUUUGCACGCACGGAGAAAGCCACUUCUCAGAUGCUGAUGUUCACGGCAUACCUCGCAGUUGUAGUUGCACUUUACCUCGUCCCCCUCACCAUCUCAUCCCCUUGCAUAAUGGAGAAGAAGGCUCUGGGACCAAAGCCAGCCAUCAUAGGUCACCGCGGAGCACCAAUGUUGGCACCAGAAAACACUCUGAUGUCCUUCCAGAAGGCAGUGGAGCAGAAGAUGUAUGGAGUCCAAGCUGAUGUUGUACUGAGCUAUGAUGGAGUGCCGUUUCUGAUGCACGACAAGACACUCAGGAGAACAACAAACGUGGAGGAAGUGUUUCCAGAGCGGGCCUACGAGCACUCCUCCAUGUUCAACUGGACUGACCUGGAAAAGCUCAAUGCUGGAGAGUGGUUCCUACGGAAUGACCCCUUCUGGACGGCCGGGUCUCUCUCAAGGUCUGACUACUUGGAAGCGGCCAACCAGUCGGUUUGCAAGCUGGCAGAUAUGCUGGAGGUGAUCAAGGACAACACAUCGCUCAUCCUGAACUUCCAGAACUUGCCAUCAGCUCAUCCCUACUACAGCACUUACAUCAACGUCACCCUGGAAACCAUCCUGGCAUCGGGAAUUCGGCAGCAGGCUGUGAUGUGGCUGCCGGACACGGAGAGGCAGCUGGUCAGACACAUAGCACCGGGCUUCCAGCAGACUUCUGGCCUCAAGCUGGAUGCAGAGCGCAUGAGGGAGAAGGGCAUCGUCAAGCUCAACCUGCGUUACACCAAGGUCACGAAUGAGGAUGUCAGGGACUACACCAUGGCAAACCUGAGUGUGAAUCUCUACACUGUGAAUGAGCCCUGGCUGUACUCCAUCCUGUGGUGUGCUGGCGUCCAGUCGGUCACCUCCGACAGCUCCCACAUCCUUCGCAAGGUGCCUUUCCCCACCUGGCUGAUGCCUCCAGACGAGUACCGCCUGAUCUGGAUCACAUCUGAUCUCAUCUCAUUUAUCAUAAUUGUAGGAGUUUUUAUAUUCCAGAACUAUCACAUGAUCAGGUGGCGCUUCGGAAGCAUCAGGACCUACAACCCAGAGCAGAUCAUGCUCAGCGCUGCUGUCCGCCGGUCCAGCCGGGACGUCAAGAUCAUGAAGGAGAAGCUGAUCUUCUCGGAGAUCAACAACGGCGUGGAGACCACGGACGAGCUGUCUCUCUGCUCCGAGAACGGCUAUGCCAACGAGAUGCUCACCCCCACGGCCCACCGGGCCACCAAGCUGCGGAUGAACUGAGGGGCUCCGGUCCAGCCCUUGGCGCGUGGCAUCCCCUGUGCUCACUCCGGCAGCGAGAGCGGUGCUCUCCUGCUCGCUGCGGGAUGGGAACCUGUGAGGAACUGCUGGUUGGGCAGAGAUCCCUUCCCAUACCCCAUCACUCGCUGCUCCACCUCCCUGGUUGUGAGGUUGGGGGGCUCCUUUUUUGUAAAUAUGUAGAAAAUCCGGACAUUUUUGUGUCUCUCUUUUUGGGGUUUUGAGUGUACGUUUUCCAGGGCAUGAGUGGAAAUUCCGUGUUCAUUAAAUCCUCAACCUUGAAUCUUGACCUGACAGCCUAAAUCCUCUUGGAGGGUGGGGGGACGGGCUCUGGGAAACGCACGUUGGACAUGUCUCUCUUUUCUCCCCAUUGCCCUGCUCCUUUCCUUCCCUUGGUGCAGCGACUGUGUAGCUGAAUGUUGUGAUGUUCUUGUGAAGUGUCGUUUUGUUAUGGGUUUUCUCUUGAUUUCCUUCCCUUUCCCCCUUUCCUGGGCAAUGAAGUUUUAGCUCUAAUGCAACAAGAAGCUGUUUGGAGGAGAGAAGCUUUCCUAGGAGAGGAGAUAGCACUCAGAGCCAGGGAAGGGGUUGCACUGGCUCAGUCACUUGGGCACCUUCUCCUUAUCCCAUCCUCCUUUCCCCAAAGCCUGGAUGCUCAAUGAUGGCUUGCAAUAAGCAAUGCCAUGGGCAUCAUCACCACUCGGAUCUGGCUAAAGUGCCUGCCACUCCAAGUGGCAUCUGCAGUCGCUCCUUGCUUCCCUGUCCUUGCACCCAUAUAGGAAUAGGAGGUGACGGUGCAGUGCGAGCUUCCCCUUCUCCAGGCCAAGGAGAUGCCCAUGGAUGAAGGAGCUGUUUGGAAGAUGAAGCAGCCCCAGAAUGUAACUUACUCCUGCAAGGAGACCUUUCCUCCUUGCUUUACAAGCAGGAUCUUUAGAGCUGCAUGUUCUUGUCCUCCAAAGGAGCGAUGGUCUUGCAGCAGAUGCUGACAGGCUCAGGAAGGUGAGAGCUCUCAUCAGCAUGUUUCCAAUGCAAAAGGCUUUAAACCAAACUAAACUAGAGGUUAAAAGAAAACCUUAGAAACCAAGUAAAUGACAACUGAAUUUUAUCCCCUCUCUGAAACAGCUCAAGGGCAGCUUCAGCUCUUGGAGACCUUCAAGUCCUCAUGGAGAAGAGCCUGUUUUUGGGUCACUUUGCUGUUCACACAGAGCCGGUUCCCAAGGCAGCUGAAGCCAGCUGGAAGGCUGCUAGAGCUGUGAAUGGGUCUUGGCUCAGUCCCCGUGGCCUUUUGGUCUUGGGUUGCUUCCUUCCUCGCUGGAUCUCGGUCGAAGCAACGUGAGAAUUCCCACUUGAGGUCAAGCUUCCUUUGAAGCUUGACGUGAUCUGCCUUGAAAACAAUGGGACCAUCAAUGCCAUUCACCAUGGGGGAAAUGGGAGCUGAGCCUUCGGGUGCUGGCCAAGCUGGGAGAAGUCACCUUGCAGAGGAGAAGGUGGUCUUGGGGAUGCUGAUGUGCAUCAUGUUUGAUACCCAAAACAGGCUUGGAAGGGGCAAGAAUAAGCCACAAUAAAAGCAGCUUUGAGCAGUUUUGGCAGCACUGAACUGCUCUACCUUAAGCUGUAUUCAAGUAGCAUUUUGAAACCUUGACGUCUUGGGUUUGCUGUGUAAGAAUUGGGGGAAAAAGUGGCCAACUUACCUAUGUAAAAGAAAAAUACCCCUAUAGAUAAUGGAUAAAUAUGGAUUGUGAUGCUUUAAUAAGCAGUGGAAAUCAAGACUUUGAUUCUCUUGCAUCUCCCCUGGGUUUACAUGAAUGUAAGUGGAGUAAGACCCUGGCCCAUGCUCUUCCUUUCCUCAAAUACCUUCCUUCUCUAUGGUACUCUGAAAACCAGUGUGGUUUUCUGAUGCAGGACUGCAAGGUUUUGGUGGCUUUGAAGGUGGUUGAGAACAAAGCUGCUUCUCCCUUUAAUGUGGUGCUGUCUGAAACAUUCCCGGUGGAUUGUCAUUGCCAAGUGAGAGAUGUUCAAUCUCAGCAUCUGUUGAUAAUCACCUGCAUGUUCUGUUUUUAUCCUUGAAGGUGAUGUUAUUGAGAAGUGCUUCAAAGCUUGGAAGUGUUAAAAGCAAUCCAACAAAGACUUAAAUUCACUGGUUUCUUUCCUUAUUCUAAGGGCAAGACCCAAACUUCAUGCGUGAUGCACUGACUGUGGCCAUUAUCAUCCUCAGUAUUUGCUACCUUUUCUUUUUUUAACAGAAAAAGGAUGAUACUUUUGGGAUGAAAAUAGAGCUAGACCAAAAUAAACCCUGCGAUGCUCUGUGAAAUAAACUGUCAGUAUUCCCCUGCCA